GUAAGUGACUCAAAUGUUGAUGCAAGUUACAGGACAAUAAAAUGUGACUGAACAGCAGUUGGCAAGCUGAGUAAACAUCACCAUUUAGAGUGAUUAAAGCCCUGGAGAUGGACGGAGCUUGGAGGAGCAGCAGCACCACCUAUUGUUGGGAGGGAUGAACAGCGAGUAUAAUGGCAAAAAUGUUACAGUAAUAAAUAGUCAAAACUGGGAAAUACUGGAGAUCCAGAAUCAAAGCAGAAGAUGCUGUAAAUGAAGAAUUUAAGAGUCAUGAUCUUUUGGAGACGAUUUCGCCUCUGGACGGGCAGCUGGCUGUGGUUAUCUGGCUAUCCUGUGUGUUAGGCCUGGCUGAUUUUCACAGGCCAAGCCUAAGCUCUCCAAACAUUUGGGAGAAUAUUUAUAACGUGUCACACACAGGCCGACUAAGACAGAGACCAUGGACAAGUUGCAAGUUGCUGUGAUUGGAGCCGGUGUGGUGGGGCUCUCUACCGCCGUGCACAUAGCGGAGUCUAUUCCAGAUUGCUCUGUCACUGUGAUAGCAGAAAAGUUCUCCCCUUACACAACUAGCGAUGUCGCUGCGGGAAUUCUCAGCCCACACUUCUCUCGAGAGACACCAGUUGAACUUCAGAAGCGCUGGUUUGAUGAUACAUUUGCUCACAUCUACUCAAUCGCACAGUCAGAGGAGGCAUCUGAAAUCGGUGUGCAGAUCCUGUCUGGAUGGGAGAUCUUUAAAGAAACUCCGAUGGAACCCAUCCCGUUCUGGUCUGACUCUGUGUUGGCAUUUCGAAUUAUGAAUAAUGCUGAGCUGAAGAGGUUUCCUCAGGCCACAUUCGGCUGGAUGUACACUACUUUGCUUUGCGAAUGUACCUCUUACUUACCUUGGUUGGAGAAAUGGUUAAAGAAUGCAGGCGGCCAGUUCCAGACUGGGAAGAUCACAAAUUUCUGGGAACUUGAUGGGAAGUACGAGAUCAUUGUGAACUGUUCAGGUAUUGGAGCCAGGGCCCUUACUGGGGACAUGAACAUUUAUCCAGUAAGGGGCCAGAUCCAGAAGGUUCAUGCUCCCUGGCUCAAACACUUUGUCCGUGUUGGUGAUGGCACCUCUUAUAUCUACCCAGGAAUCUCCAGUGUUACUUUGGGUGGAACUAGGCAGCAAAACAAUUGGCAGAUGUCAGUUGACCCGUCAGACAGCGAGAGAAUUUUCAGCAGGUGCUGUGCUUUAGAACCGAGUCUCACGCGCUCUUGUAAGUUAUUUGAAGGAGUUGGUCUGAGGCCCGUUAGAGCCGUGCUGAGGCUGGAAAAGGAGAAGCUGGAAUGUGACGGCAGACAGAUGUACUUGGUGCAUAAUUACGGUCAUGGGGGAGCUGGGGUUACCUUUCACUGGGGAACUGCGAAGGAAGCCGCCCAACUGGUUCAGGAGUGUGCAAUGGAAAUAAGAUGUCAACCUAUCCAUUCCAAAUCUAAACUGUGAACAGGAUGUCACCAAAUGAUCUCACUGUUGUGGCAACUUUGGAUUCAAAACAAAACAACAUAUACCUAGAAGUAAUUCUACAAACAUCGAUAAUGAGCUUUUAUGGGUGAUCCAGACACUAGAUCAUAAGAAUAGUGACCACAAAGUGUACAAUUUGGAAAUCAUAUACAAUUGGAAAAGUGUCCUGAGGAUUUUAUUAUUCCUAUAUCUACAGUAAUUAGGUGUUGUGGCUAUUUUCUGGAAUAGAGUGUAAAUGUACAAACCAUCAGAUGAUUGUCUCUUUCUUUGUGAUCAGAAACUGUGCGUUUCUAAUUUGUGUCUUCUGCCUUAAUGUAUCCUUGUUUUAAUGUCUUUGUGUGCAGUCACGUGGACAAUUAACAAACUUGUUAAAAAUUUACAA